GCAAAGCUGCAAGGGUUUAGAAAAUUCCCCAUCUGGGCAAUUCCCCGAUCCCCCCUGACUAGCACGCCGCCGUCGACGCGGACCCUCUCCGGCAGCCGCUUGUGGCGCAUCCCUUCCUCGUUCCCGGCGGCAUGGACUGCGCAAAGGGGACGGUGGUGGCGGGCCUCUAUGAUGACCUAAUGGUGGAGAUCCUCUCAUGCGUGCCCGUCAAGGAUGUCCGCCGAUCCAAGUGUGUGUCGAAACCCUGGCACGACCUCAUCGCCAACCCCCUCCACUGCAAGAAGCUGCCCCAGACCUUGGAAGGCUUCUUCCACGGUGGUGCUGACGGGCCUUACAGCUAUGGGCACUUCACCAGCCUACCAGGGAGCGGAGAAUAUGCUCCUCCAGUCGACCCUUCCUUCUCCUUCCUCAUGGCGAAGCUGCCUGGGGUCGAGCGUAUCGCCCUCUUGGAUUCCUGCAACGGGAUCUUGCUCUUUGGGUGCAUCCAAGAUAACAAGUUUGGGUACAUUGUGUGCAACCCUACGACUGAGGAAUUGGUGACUGUGCCCGCCAGCUCUAGCUCUUGUCCGUCUCCACCUCAACUGAAAGAGAACUAUGAUGGUGAUGAUGGGGAAAGAUAUGCACACACCUAUCUGAUGUUUGACCCGGUUGUCUCCUCACGCUUCCACUUGGUCCAAUUCUGGAUAAAUCUGAAGGGGAAGGUGGAGAUAGAAAUGGUGCACUCUUACUCAUCUGAAACUAGGGCAUGGAGUAAUAGGUCAAGCAAGUUGGAGCAAGGUAAAGAGGGCGGUGGAUGGGGACUGUGGGGUGAAGUCAUAAUCGGAUUCAUGUGUGGCAAGGCUUUGGUCAAUGGUUUGUUGCAUUUUGUAGUCUACCAUGCUGAGAAAAAGGAGAAUAUGAUAGUUGCAGUGGACGGGGAAGCGAAAAUUUGUAGGGUCAUCCGUUGGCAUGAUAAGCAAGGAGUUAACAUUCCUGCUUUUAUUGAUCAAUCCCAAGGCCAUCUGCACUGCAUCAGUACGGAUCUGCAAUUUAAAGACCUCCAGUUCCAAUUCACAGAGCUAUCAGUUUGGGUUCUUGAGGACUAUGAUACACAAGAAUGGAUUCUGAAGCACAAUGUGAGUUGUUCACAGCUCUUUGGAUCACUGAGUUGCCCGUUCAAUGAUUUUGAUAUUGUGGCCAUUCAUCCAGAUCACAAUUCAAUAUUCCUUGUUCAGCACUGGAACCAGAAACUGGUAUCAUAUUACAUGGAUAGUACGGAACUGCAUGUUCUCCGGAGUCUAGGAGAGGACUAUCUGUAUAUUACCCCAUACAUUCCCCGUUACAUAGAGUUACCGGUUCUUGCCACCAAGGACUAAGGUUGUUGCUUGUGGGAUACUUCUCUAAAUGUUCAGCAAGAGCUUGAUUUUCCAAGUUUGGGCAGCUAGCAGUGUGGGUAAAUCUACUAGAAUUUGGUGAUGCAAAGCUAGAUAAAUCUAUUAUCAUUUGGUUAUCUAUUUUACCGGUGCUUUAAUGUAACGCUUUUGUAAUGUUGUGAGAAAGCUGUUUACAAGAUGUCAUGCAGGUUAGCAUUACAUAUGCUAGUUAUUUAGUCAUGAACUAGUUCGAGCUACCUGACACAUUCAAGUUAUGAGUUUGAAAUGCUACCCUUUGUGAGUUUGAA